AUGAAAUUGAUUGAGAAGUUGAAGACAUAUCAGGGGAAAAAACCUUUUCGAAUAUGUCAUGAUUUAACCACGUCGAUCUCUCAAGAUCCAAUCUCGCAGGUCUCAAGUUAUGGUAGUUACACAGUCACGAGGAGCGGUACCGGCAGAAGGCUAUCCCCGGAGCCUUCAUACCCUUACUGUUGUGAUCGGCAGAAAAACCAGUAUGCAGAUGUUAAAAAAACAAACACGCUUCUUAUUAUCUGCAACCUUUUGGUUCACCUCUUCUACUGCAGAGGGUUGCAAAGCAGUAUGCAGAUGUUAAAAAAACAAACACGCUUCUUAUUAUCUGCAACCUUUUGGUUCACCUCUUCUACUGCAGAGGGUUGCAAAGUCUACUUCAACGUCACGACCAGCGGCCUUCUUCUCGCCGGCAAGACAGCAGGGAUUUUGAGAAACGACGACGAUUUGAUUGCUGUAGAUACUGCAAUGUCAAGGGUUACUACAUUGUUGCAAAAGGGAAAGAGAGCUUUGCAAGAACUGGAACUGCUUAAAGUCUUGCAAUCAGAGAUAAGACACGAGCUUGCUAAUGAUCCUUAUAAGAAUGAAACUGGUUCCUCAGGCGAUUUUGUGAUGGAUUGGGAUUCACAACAUUCCAAAGAUGUAACUAUGAUCAAGAAAUGUGAAUCUGGUGAGGAGCUUGCUAUUUCUGCAAUACUUGGUGAGGAAACCUUUCUAGGAGAUGACUGUUAUCCCAAGGAAGUGGAUAUGAAGUUCCUCAGUCUACAGAGGUCCCCUGUUCAGGAACUUAGACCUUGGUUUGCAACAAGAGCUGAAGCAGUACCUAAUAUCAAGAGGAAUAGGGAAAAGCCUCACCAACUUCCUCCUUCUCCACUUACACAAAAAGGAGCAACAUCAGUACAUCAAAUGGUUGCAAAAAUUGGAAGCCAUGGUGGCAUAAAAUGUAUAAGUUUGUGA